AUGGCCUCGAAGGACAGGCUGUUCCCGCUGGACGUCCCCUACGCCCGCGUCCACCAGUGGCUCGCGGAGCGCGGCAAGCUGCCCCCAGACUGGCGCAAGCGCCACGCGGCCAUCCAGGCCAAGCUCACGGAGGCGUCCCGCGACCUGCCGCCGGGCUUCCUUGGUCAGCUGGAGGGCGGCGAGGACGCGCCUUUGGAUUACUUUCGCGCGAUCGAGGUGCGGGAUCGAUUGGCGGAGGGCAGCGAGCGGGGGCUGUUCGGCGGGCUGGUGGGCGCGGCGGCGGUGUGGGACAGGCUGGUCAAGGCGUACGAGAAAUCCCUCACCCAUUUGGGGGAGGCCGGGCUCACGCUGGCGCAGAAUGUGGAUUAUGAGAUACCCUUUUUGAAGAAGGCCGCGGAGGGCCUCAACAAGCAGGUGUCGGAUCUGGAGAAGAGGCGGGCGGAGUCGCUGAAGAGCGCGGCAAACGCGGCGGCGGGCUUCCGGCGGGCGCACGAGGCGCUGGGGAUCGCUGGGGUGAAGAUCGGGGAGGAGGUGAGGGCGAUGGGGGAGGGCGUUUACGGGGCCAUGGAGGCGGCGAUCGAGGCCUGUCGAGAUCCGCGGCUGGAAGAGGGGGUGCGGUUCUACGCGGAGUUCGUUUGUUGCGCCCAUUCGGCAGGGGAGGGGCCGGGGGAACACACGGAGGACAAUUUGCUGCCAACCCUGAAGCAGGUCAGGGACGGCACCGUGGAGGCAUUGCCCGAGGAGGCCGCCAAGCGGGGCCCAUCUGAUGCGAUGGAGUCGGUGGGGGCCGAAGAGCAUCGGGAAAUGUGUACCGAUCUUGGAGGGGAUGCGGUGGCAGGGGGGGCGGGGGCGUUGGGUGGGAUCGACUGGGACAUUCAGCUGGAGGACGAGGCGCAGCCGAGCCUGGAGGCCGCGGAUUCGGAGGCGCCCGGUCCGGUGGACAUCGACUGGGACGUCAGCAUCGAGGACAUCAAGCAGGAGGAGGCGGGUACAGCGGACAGCAGCGUGGGCCUGGAGGUGCAGUGGGACUUGCCUGAAGUGAAGGAAGCGGGGCAGCAGCCUGCGGGGGAGCAGCCGGCCGACGGGGCAGCCCCUGGACUUGAUGGGACGGAGUGCACAGCUUCGGGUGCCGUCCGGCGGAUUGUUUUUGAUCCCAAGUUCAGGGGCCAGGUGCUGGACGACCUGCACGAGCUGCAGGCGUUCCUCGCGCAGCGGCAGGAGGGCCUGUCGGAGGCCACGGGGCUCGUGGCCAUAGGGGUGCUGUCAGAGGCAGUGGGCGGGGUGGAGGCAGACACCCUGGGCGGCAUGCUUGAGGCUGUGGAUGCCGCUCUGGCCGCAUUCACAGGGCAGAGGCCCAAGCAGCUGCUGCUGAUCAAGACGUCACAGAGGUUCCUCGAUAGGUUGGUCAAGGACUUGGAGCAGAAGAGGAGCCAGGAGGGGAAGUGGAAGAGGUCGGCCGCUGCGGCGGAGAGGCGGAGGAAGGACCUGAGCCAGCAGCUGGCUGCCAGCUCGGUGAAGCUGGCGGGCCUGAUCAAGAGGACGUGGCGGGUAAAGGUGGAGGUGGAGAAGAUGAUUUCGGCCCAGUUUCAGGGGAGGACGAUAAACAUACUGGGCGAUAUUAAUUCUGUGCUGUCUGGCUCGUAG